AACUGACGGGAAUGGUGAUGUCACGCCGAAUCUUCGGGGACAACAAAUGUCCCGCGCCAGCCUUCCUUCGGGCAGCCCCGCGAAGAGUAUUUCCGAUCCUUUCGUGGGCGCGUUUACUAUCGAUCGAGGGGAUAUAACGCGUACCAGUCGCGUUGCCACGAGUCGAGGAAGCGAGAAAGGGAGAGCGAGCGAGGGGAAGAGAGAAAGAGAGAGGGUGCAAAAGCCACCCCCUUCGGACCGACGACUAUAAGUAUCGGUCGCGGUCGGCCCGCACGGCUUAUGAGCGCCCUGCGGCCCCACCGAACGCGGUUACCGUUUUCGCGCUCGCGGAAAAGCCACUUGCGGAGGACGGCCGCGUGAGGAAGAUCGUUUCGAUCUAUGAAUAGAUCCUGAUCCCGUUCUCUGGUGUCCAUUUGCUGUCGAGCAACAGCCGCCGUGCGAUCGUCGUCCGGCCGGUCGGGGAGGCAUCGAUCCGCGGGGGAGAGCCGACGGCACGUGGGACUUCCGGCGGUGAGGACGGGCAUGACGACCUCACGGGAUCGAGGAGUUCGCGAGGGACCGGCGCGUAGGCCGGACUUGAGGUGGAAGACCUGAGCGAUCGGCGUGAACGGGAUGUCGAUCGACGUCACCUGAGGAAGCCGGCCGCGAUGAGGAAGAGCAAGUCGAGGGGCAACGUCAUCGACGACGUCUGCGGCUGCUCCGCUCUGUCGUCGAUCAUUCCGAGGAGGGACUUGAACUCCACUUCCGCCGCGUUCAUGCACGUGCGAGACAACAUCGAGGAGCUGGGCAAAGUCGCCGACGACACGGACCUGCUGUUCCUGAAGGGCCUCCUCGACAGCCCGGUCGUCACGUCGCUCGUGAAGGUCCAGGAGCGUCUCGAGGACCCGCCGGCGCCCGUGGAGCCGGUAUGCUCGUCCGUCUGUGACAUCGUCGACGAGGUGUGCCACGCUUAUCGCAUCUCCGGCAACCCCCACGCCCGGGAGUUGGUGAGCCUUCUGAGCAAGUCGCAUCUCAGGGCACUCUUGGAGACGCACGACGCGGUGGUGGAGCGCAGAGGUGCACCAGCCAAGCCGAAUCCUCCGCCUGCGGUGACGAUGCCGACGAACGAGAGAACGGAGGCCGUCAGGGUGGUCGGUCUCAGGAGGCAAUCGGAUGAACCCUUAGGUCUGACGGUGCAGGUCGACGAGUCGGGCAACAUGAUCAUCGCCAGGAUCCUCGGCGGCAGCACGGCCGCUCGUCAAGGUCUCUUGAGGACAGGCGAGGUGAUACUCGAGGUGAACGGCAAGCACGUGCGGAACCCGGAGGAGCUGCAGCAGGCGAUCCAGGAGGCCAAGGAGAAUCUGUCCCUGAAGCUCGCCCCGGGUGUCGCGACGGACCUGAACCGACCUGUCAAAUCCACGUGUUACAUGAGAGCGCUCUUCGACUACGACCCGUCGGAGGACACGAUCUUGCCCUGCAGGGAGAUAGGUCUGCUCUUCCAGAAGGGCGACAUCCUGCAGAUCGUCGACCAAGCCGACCCAAACUGGUGGCAGGCGCGCAGAGUGGAGGGCGAAGGUCUCGGACCGCCUGGCCUGAUACCUUCCUUGGAGCUGGAGGAACGCAGGAAAGCCUUCGUGCCGCCCGAGGCCGACUUCGUUCACAAGAUCAGCAUCUGCGGCACUAGAAUCUCGAAGAAGAAGAAGAGGAAAAUGUACCAGUCCAAGUCGAACGGCGAGUUCGACAGCGCCGAGUUGCUCCUCUACGAGGAGGUCGCGCGAAUGCCGCCGUUCCGGCGCAAGACCUUGGCCCUGGUCGGGCCGCGCGGCGUAGGCCGGCGAACCCUGAAGAACAGGCUGAUCAACAGCGACCCCGAGAAGUUCGGCACUAUUGUACCUUAUACGUCGAGGCCGCCCAGAGUCCUCGAAGAGGACGGUAAGAGCUACUGGUUCACCGAUCGUGAGGCCAUGGAAACCGACAUCAGGGAGCACAGGUUUCUCGAGCACGGCGAGCACGGUGGGCACCUGUACGGCACGAAACUGGACUCCGUGCGUGAUCUGAUCAGAGCCGGUAAGAUGUGCGUGCUGGACUGCAGUCCAGCCGCCCUCAAGAUCCUCCACAACAGCACGGAGUUCAUGCCCUACGUCAUAUUCAUCGCCGCGCCCGGCAUGGAGCAGCUGAAGUCCCUGUACGAUCUCGGGAGGUCGACCGGCGCCAGCAGUCGGCAACUGACGUUCGACCGCCAGAGUUCCAUCAGGUACAGCUCGAGGAGAGCCCGGACGCUGGAGUCCCUCGCAUCUCUAUACGAGGAGGACGAUCUGAAGUCGACCCUGGAGGAAUCCGCCGCCCUACAGAGAGCCUACGAGAAAUACAUCGACCUGGUGAUCGUGAACGAGGACUUCGACCACACGUUCCGGCAGGUGAUCGCCGCUCUGGACGCCUUAGCCACCGAGCAUCAGUGGGUGCCGGUGAAUUGGAUCUACUAAUCGGUUCCUGGGCGCAACAUUUGACGAGGGAACGCGCAGUCUCGCAGCUCGAACAUGCGAGAAUGAUGGUAUCGUCGAUAGCGUCGGAACCCGGCCAAGAUUUAUGCUGCGCGGAGCGCGCAGUUGAAAAAGGAAAACGAGAGAAAAAAGGAAGAAGAAGCGAGGCACGUGUAGAGUACAAAGAACACUUCGUGCCGCGAGAAUUACCGUCUCCGCCGCGCCCCGAGAGGGCCGAUCGAGAAUCUCAUUGCCGUUUAUAUAUGUAGUUAAGUACAAGGUAGCCUUUACGUUAGCUCGUUAUAGGUUUACAAACGACCCGUUCUCUGUCCCUGUGUGGAAUCUUCAUCGGAUCUCCGCGUAUUGAUGUACGUUAAACGAUAUAUAAUAUACGGAGCACACACUGAACUAUGUAUCCCGGUCGAUCGUCCCUCGAUAGAUCGGAAUGGCAGCGAAGAUAACAGGACGCCUGUCCAAACACGGGUAAUGAUUGCCGUGUUCGGCGUAAUGGAGCGCCUGACGAGCGGUUGGGUUCGAUUGAAUCGGAUGUUACGUAUAGACACAAGACCUAAAAGUGUACGUCGAUUAGAGUCGUCAUAAAUCAUCGUUAAGCGCUUCGCUCCGCCGGACGCAACAGUCGUGUACUCCCCUUUUUGCUUCAAUAGCGACGAAAAUCACGUCGCACGUCGCUGCGCGUUUUUUACUGCCAGUCUCUACAACGAUUGUACGUUAACAACGGGUCGAUUGAGUGUAAGCGUUAGACCGCCGUCCAUUAAUUUCCACCGCCGUUAAUUUUAGCUAGUACUUCUAAUUUAACGUUGACGUUAAUGUUGCGCGAUUUAAGCCGCGUACACAUAAAGUAUAAAGUGAAUUUAUUCUUUUUUUUUUUUUAAUUCUGUCCGAUUCUCUCCGUCACGCUCGCGUCUCGUUUCAUAUACGCAUUCUGUCUCGUGUCUCGUUUCGUUGCUCGUGCACGCGCUAAGUAUAUUCCUGGCAUAGAGUGCCUUAAUAGCACAAGCCUUAUAAUCGGGUUGGUGCGAAGACCUACUAUGUCGAGACAGACUCGUCUUACACACUCGGGUUUUUACAUAAGACAAAACCAAUAAACGCGUUUUUCUAACGUCCGACUGAGAGAGACAGUCAUCACACACGACAUACGGCGUACACACACACGACACACGCGCGUAAAAACACACAUACAUGUAGGUGACGACAAACCAAAUACAUCUGUAUGUUAAAUCGAGACGUAUGUCCCGAGGUGCAACGUAAUACACCAUGUGGAAUAAAAGUUUAUCGAACAUUUGUUACAAAUCAGAA